UGGUUCUUCAUUUAAGUUGUUCGUAAUACUUAAACUUGACUGAUCACCUAUUUUAUGAUAUCUAUAUUUUUAAUGCACCAAAAUUUACUGUUUAGAUGUAUUAAUGAACUUAGAUCAGUGGAAUAAUCUUAGAAAAUGAAAUUUGAUGUUAGAAGUUUCGUGAACAAAUCGAACAUGUUUAUAAUAAAUAUUUAGGUUGUUGGAUUCAACAUAAGUUAGUCUUCACAUGUCCUCACAUAGGGAUCAGUAAUUCAAGGGAACUCUAAUCUAAUCAAGUUGUCUAAGUUCGAAUAAUUACAUUUCUUUGCUUAGCAAUCAUUUUGAUGAUCUAAGUUUUUUGAGAAUUACCCGCUGCCAAAAGUUUUAGUUUAUAAAUUUAACUCUCAUUUUCAUUACUUAUUUUACAUUCUCUUCUACAAUUUUUGUUCAUUCUAGCUCUUCUCUUCUCCCGUAGAUUGGUAGUGUAACCUUUAUCCGAGAUGAUUCGAACCCUAAAUACUACCCCGCAUUGUCGUGUGGUAGUAUAGCUAGUCCAACUCAAAAACGUUAGCUUUAGAGUUCUCUUUUGACAAGUGACCAAAACUAAUAAGUGCACUUUGAUGAUAUAGUCAUAUCAACUUUUUAAGAUUUCUACACAUGCACCACCAUAUACAAGAAAUGAGAUGUUACAGUCAUCUCACUCACAUAGUACAACUACUUCAUUUCGUACCAAGACAGUUACCCCUAAUUAACUAAGAAUUUAUUAAAAUAAAAAUAUGAAUACAUGUGAAAAAUAAAUUCAUGCUUGUAGUUAAAUCAUAAACACACAAAAAAAUAUUAAGAUGAAACAUAACAACAUAACUAUAUACAUACGUGGAUUUCUGUGUAAAAUUCAACAUAGAAAUAGGUCACAUUUCUAUUUCGAACAAAGGAUAAUUCUAUAUAGAUUGGAAAUCUGAAAGCCAACUCGGUGGAACUGAAUAUAUAUCAUUGAAAAAGAAAACAAAUUCCUAGCACCAUGUAUAAGUUUAUCAGUCAUUAUAUAUAUAUAUAUAUAUAUAUAUAUAUAUGUGUGUAUUUUCUGCAUUUGGAAUAUGUUAAACUGCAAUUUGAAAAAAAAAAUCCUUACAUCAUUGAAAUCCUUACAUAAUUAAAGAUGGGUAUUCGGUUGGUGUAGACACCAAAUGAGAAUAGUCCGGUGAGAGAACACCACAUCCGUGAUACAUAUGAUAUUCAUGCACUACAUUAUCCAUAUCAAAACUUUAUAUUCUACAUGUAAAUAUGAUAAACUUUUUCGGGUAUUCUUGGAUCCCAUCAUAUUGUCGAUUAAACCUUCUUUGCUGCAAAAUCAUACUUCAUUGUGAAGAUAUUUAUUUCUUUCCAAAUUCCAUCUACAUAAAAUCAUCAGAUAUCUCCCAUAUUCUGACUUGAGUGAUGUGCAAUAUCCUCAUGUACGCUUUUUAAAUUGUUAAUUUAUGUCUAAGUCCACAUAACUUUUUUUUUGUAAACCAUGAAGUGUUUGGGCUAAUACCGAAUAUUGCGUAAAGCAUUCAUUCAACGGAAAUUAAAUUAGGAGUGCAAUGGACCUUACUCCAACAACUAAACCACUAGCUCUACUAACGGUUAUUAAAUCCACAUAGCUUCCUCGUACCCCAAAAUAAAAAAUAUCGAUCAGUAAAAUUAUAAUAAAUAAUCUAGAUAUCUUCUACAAAUGAUAUAUAUACAAAAAUUACUUAAGUGAUUUCUAUUUUGAUAAAUAUAGAAUUUUCAAAUUAUUUUAAAUUAUACGCAAAUAGUUAAAGAAAUCAUUCAUAAUAUUCAGAAAACAAAACUUGCAAUCUUGUAUGUAGUCAUACAUAUGAUAAGAGUCAACCACAAAUUUGGUAUUUUCGUUUUCAAUUUCAGUAAUAUAUCUAUACUUGUUGACCCGAACCAUACUUUUUAGUCAGAACUUUGAAUUAUUUUAUAUUCCAAAAAGACAACUAAAUUAUUAAGUUUACCAUAUUUAUAUCAUAUACCAUUGGUGUAAGAAAUUUUUAAGCACCCAGAUUUCAGAUUUCAAGAUAAGGUCUAAGAAAUUUCCGCCUCUCUUUCUCUGCGAGGAGCUUACCUUUUCUUGUUGCCGUAUCGUAGGUUUGUUUCAUCUCUAAGCGUGAAGAAACAGAUCAUCUGUAGACAAUUUUAUCUUUUGUAUUAUGUGACUAAACAACAUUUUUAUAUUGAAAUUAUGGCUCUAGAAUAUAUUUUUGUUUGAUUCAAUUAUUCGAUCGAAAUAAAAAUCCUUUCCUUGAAAAUAAUGAUAUAAUGUCUUUUAAAUUGUUGAAGAUAGAUUUUCUGAUUUCAUGAUUCUGCAAAUAGCCUUGAAUUAGACGUGUGUAUCUAUACAACUUAUAUUUAUCAUAUAUGUGUUAACCCAGAUUACAUCUCGAUACAUAACUUGUUUUAACAUGGUCAUUUUUUACUGAUACAGAACUUGCUAGAAAAAAGAAAGCGAAGAUGAACAAUUCGGAAAAAGAAGUUAAAACAGAAGAUGAUUCUUCUUCAUCAGACCAUCCUUGUCCUUUGGCUCUUGUCACGGCUUCGAAUGUACGCAAACCUACUCAGUGUCUUCGACAAGAUUUAUGCCCCACAGAAUCUAUCCAUGAUGGUACACAAGGUGAUAAUAACAAGAAGAAGCGUCGGGGACGUCCUCCAACUUCCCCAAGCCAAAAACAGUUUAUGAAGUUAAAACUUGCAAAUGACAGCCUCAUAAGAGGUAGACAGUAUCUUUCAGUGCCAUUUAUGAGAGCAAAUGGCAUGACCAAACCAGGGAUGAUAACUCUGGUAGGAAAAGAUGGUGAAAAGUGGAAAGUGAAUCUAAAAGAGGAGGCAUCCGGAAGCGCACUGUGUCUUGGAACGGGGUGGAAAGAGUUUGCUAAAGCAAAUGGGUUAAAGACGGGUGAGUACUUCACCUUGGAGUCAGCGUGGAAAAAUGAAAUUCCUAUGCUCAGCUUGGUCAACACAGAGUCUGCAAGUGAUAGAAAGGAGAGAGGAGAGUCUUCAAAAGCCAUGGAGAAAGAGAGUACUGAUACAUCUUCAGUCGUCCAAAACCGAGUAGUGGUGACGUUGGCCCUUGAAACUAAAGAUGUCAAAGCAUGUACAUUGAAUCUUCCAAGUGAAUUCGUGACAGCUAUUGGCAUCAAGGAGUUUGGAACGAUAACCUUUCUUGGUAAGAAUGGAAUGAAGUGGUGGGGAUGUCUUCUGUCAGAAAAUGGAUCCGUAGCUGUUGGAAUUGGUUGGAGAAAUUUCUGUGAGGCUAAUGGUGUAAAGUUAGGUGAGUCAUUCAGCCUGGUGCUCAUUAACGAAGAAGAGGACACAGGUCCGAUAUUCAAGUUCUGUCCCAACUCCGGAAACUAAGAAAAAAUGUUUUUAAUUUAUUAAAAGCAUUUGAAUUGCCAUUAGUCUUCCCUUUCAAACAAAGACCUUUUCGUUUGUUAUGUUGUUUAGUUCUGAUAUAAUUUCAUAUAUGUAUCUCAUACAUUUUCAUGAAACUUUGACUCAUGUUAUUGGACAAGCUGUCUCUUGUCCAUGUUUGUUUGCUAUUGAACGUGGUAAACUUUCAUCUUAUCGUAUCGUUUAACGUAAGUUCAAACACCUGUCUUUCGUUUAUCAGUUUUUUGGCAUACCCUAACACUUUCUCAUAUUCCAUAUGUGAAACUUUUUUAUGAGUCUCUGUCCGUUUGAUAUCCUAAAUCAAGAAAGGAUAAAUCCUAAUCUGAAUCCAAAUCCCAAACCCUAAAUUUUGUAGCCUAAACUAAAAUUUUAAAACUUUCACAGUGGCGAGACACAUGAGUAAUCUUACGAUCUUAUAAUUAUGAUAUAGGAAAUAUUACAUAGACGAUUCGACAACCGACAAUACUACCUGCCUUAUGAAGACCUACGCCUAACUGCAUCAUCUGAGCCGUCCUAUGAAGAUCCACGCCUGGCCAGAUUUACUUGCACCAAUGAGUAAUCUUAAAUAAAGGAAAGUUAAAUGCUAAACCCAAACCCAAUGUUUUUAAACCCGACUCGGACACUGAACCGGACGACUUAUUGGGUCGCUGAGUCAUUGGGUCGACCGCGGGUGAACCGCGGGUUAAUAAAUGAAUUAAUUUUAUUAUAUAUAAUAUAUUAGCUAUGAAAAUAAAUAUAUAGAAACUAAAGUUUAAUAGUUUCUAAAUAUUUUUUAAAACAUAAAAUAAUAGUUUGGACAUAUAUAUACUUUUUGUUUAAAAAGUAUUUAAGAAAUACUUAACUUUAGUUUUUAUAUUUUUAUUUUCAUUUGACAUGCAAAAUAUAAAAAAAAAUAGUUUAGACUAUUUAAAAUUUUGUCUAACAAAGUAAGAGUUAUGACAUCUUAAAAAUCAAGAUAUAAAACUCACAAAUAUUUAAAUAUCUAAUUUGAAUAAUAAAUUAACUUCAAAUUCAAAUUAAACUAAAAGUAAAAGAUCAUUGUAAUAAAUUGUCAAUAACAGAAAUAAACUAACACCAAAUCACAUCAACUAAUUUUGGUUUCUUUUAUCAUCGUCCACUUCAUUUUUUUAGGUGGCAUAGUGAAAAAUCUUCAUCAAAAUCUAAAAAUUACAAAUAUAAAAUUGAAAAGGGAAAACCUAAUCUUUUUUUGUCAGCAUCUAAAUUUUUAAUUGAAAACUUAGAAUAUAAAACAUAAUCUAAAAACUAAAAAA